GUCACUCAGGGUUAGAUUGUUCCACCGUGGGGAGGGGAGGAGUCAGGGAGGACACUCACACACACACACACACACACACACACACUCAGUGCCAACCCGGCGACGAGGUUGGGCCUGCGGUGCCCUGCUGCAACCCAGGAAUAAAAAGACACCAUGGAGCUGGAGAACAUCGUGGCCAACACCGUGCUACUGAAGGCGAGAGAAGGAGGGGGUGGAAACCGAAAAGGCAAGAGCAAGAAGUGGAAACAGAUGCUUCAGUUCCCUCACAUCAGCCUGUGCGAGGAGCUCCGCCAAACUAUAGAAAAGGACUACAACAGCCUGUGUGAGAAGCAGCCGAUCGGGCGCAUGCUCUUCCGCCAGUUUUGCGACACCAGACCAGAGCUGAGGCGCUGCGUGAAGUUCCUGGAUGCUGUGGCGGAGUAUGAAGUAACCCCAGACGAAAAGAGGAAGGUGUGCGGACAGGAGCUCCUCGAAAAGUAUUUAAAUCCAAAGUCAGAGGACCAUGUGCCCGAGGUGACGGAGGAGAUGGUGUCUAAAUGCGCCGAGCGCUUGGAACAGGAGACGUGUAAAGAACUUUUCAUGGAGUGCACCAAACUGAUCCAUGACUACCUGAGCGUGGCUCCUUUCGCCGACUACCUCGACAGCAUCUUCUUCAACCGCUUCCUCCAGUGGAAAUGGCUCGAGAGGCAGCCAGUUACAAAAAACACAUUCCGUCAGUACAGGGUAUUGGGAAAGGGCGGGUUCGGUGAGGUCUGCGCGUGCCAGGUCCGGGCAACGGGGAAGAUGUACGCCUGCAAGAAGCUAGAAAAAAAACGCAUCAAAAAGAGAAAAGGCGAAUCAAUGGCCCUGAACGAGAAGCAGAUUCUGGAAAAAGUCAACAGCCGGUUUGUCGUGAGUCUGGCGUAUGCCUACGAGACGAAAGACGCACUGUGCUUGGUUCUCACGCUGAUGAAUGGAGGAGAUCUAAAGUUUCACAUCUACCACAUGGGGGAAGCUGGCUUUGAUGAGAAGAGAGCCGUGUUCUACGCUGCUGAGAUUUGUUGUGGCCUGGAGGACCUGCACAGAGAGAGGAUAGUCUACAGGGAUUUGAAACCGGAAAACAUCCUGCUGGAUGAUCACGGUCACAUACGCAUAUCAGACCUGGGCCUGGCUGUGCACGUACCCGAGGGCCAGACGAUCAAAGGCCGCGUCGGAACCGUGGGGUACAUGGCUCCGGAGGUGGUGAAGAACGAGCGCUACACAUUUAGUCCGGACUGGUGGGCUCUGGGCUGCCUGCUGUACGAGAUGAUCGAGGGCCAGUCCCCCUUUCAGCAGCGUAAAAAGAAAAUCAAGCGGGAGGAAGUGGAGCGACUCGUCAAAGAGGUGGCCGAGGAGUACUCCAGCAAGUUCUCGGAGGACGCCAAGUCCCUCUGCAAAAUGCUUCUGGCCAAAGACCCUAACGAGAGGCUGGGCUGUCAGGGAGGCGCCUCGGAGGUGAAGGCUCACCCCAUCUUCCGCUCUAUCAACUUCAAACGACUGGAAGCCGGCAUGCUAGAAGCUCCUUUUAUCCCUGACCCUCAGGCCAUUUACUGCAAGGAUGUGCUGGACAUCGAGCAGUUCUCCACUGUGAAGGGGGUGGAGCUUGAACCCAAAGAUGACUCCUUCUACAGCAAAGUGUCCACAGGAAGUGUCCCCAUCCCCUGGCAAAACGAGAUGAUCGAGUCCGAGUGUUUUAAAGAACUGAACGUGUUGAAUCUGGACGGCUCCGUGCCCCCCGAUCUGGACUGGAGAGGACAGCCGUCUCCUCCGCCCAAACAGGGCCUGCUGCAGAGACUCUUCGGGAGACAGGACUGCUGUGGGAACUGCAGCGACAGUGACGAAGAGCCGACGAGGCUCUGAGGGCGUGGCCAGGUCCAGGCUCCUCCCCCCUGCCACAGGAGGAUCUCAUUUUGUUUACAACUUUUGCACAUUUGUAUUUUUAGGAUAGCUCUAUAUAAACAUUGGAAUGUAUAUUUUCACUAUAUAGCCAUGCGGUCGAUGUUAUUUAAAGUCAACGAAAUGGAGAAAAAUCAAAACAAAGCAAAGGAUCAGCGUUCCGUCAUUACAGCAGAGUAUUUUCGAGACGGCGUACGUCGACGCGAAGGCUGAGCGACCCGAACAGCCCUGUCUCUCUCGCCUCAUCAGCCUGCCACCACCUCCUUGCGCCUUUUUUCUUCUGUUUUUUUUUUUUUCCCUUCUCAUUUUUCUUUAAGUAAACCACAUACAUGUACAGUGUUUGCUCUGCCAAAAUUCUUUCGAAUAAGUCAGAAAGAAGGAAAUAAUCUUCACAGAUAUUUUUAUAUUUAUAUUCUAUGUUUUAUGAUUUUCUUUUCUUUUUUUUUCUUGUGGUAAUCUUGACAAUCAAAUCCAAUGACCAUUUGUACAAAACUUUUGACACGUAAGGGUUCAAAACACAGCGACGUGACGUGACUGAAGAACACAGACAGCAUUUCUUACUUUUAUUUCAUUUUUUAUCUUUUUGCUCACGAGGAACGAUCCGAACGUUCCUACCCGAGGUCUCAGACGUUACGGUAUGUGUCAGGGUUCUAGCUGAAUAAAGACGCCUGCAGUAGUGAACCAAAUCGUUUCCGAACGACGGGUAAUUCGUCCAAACUGACGCGGCCAAUCGUAUCAUGUUGUAAAUACAUGACACUUAUCUGUAAAUCCCUCAGUGUGUCUUCCUGCUAAUUUUUCUUCGGAUAUUUUGAGAAAUAACCAUCGUUAUUGUUCUAGGUGGUCCGUAUGUUGCAUGGCGAGUCUAUGCAUAAAACCAUCUUGCGUUGAUAAAUCGUAACACAUUUAGAACUCAUCAUCCGUUACGUAGAACGACGUCUCGUAAUUACAGAGCUAUCAUAACUCGUCCAGGUCGUCGUCGUGGUGAUUUUGUGCAUACGAGUAGAUUUAUUAUGCAUAACCUUGUAGGCUGUUCAAAGGGUUGUUGCUGCUUUCACAAAGUUUUUGGGUCAAAGAAACGAUAACCACAGGAAACAUAUAUACGUCUCUUUCUUUGCCAAAAAAGAAAAGAAAAGAAAAAAACAGGAAGGAACAGUACCUUACAUGUGUCAGUCAGGUUAAAGCUGAUGGCCUCAUUUAGAUUGAACCUGUUGAUGCACUUAAGACCAAACCACUUUACUUUAGUCCUCCAUCUCCAUGGACGGUGCCUUUAACGUUCUAAGGUACUCCUGUAAUUAGCGUUUUUAUAUGGAAUUGUGACGAAUGUCAUGUUAUCCUCCGAGUCGGCUUCGCUUUUUUUAUUUUCUCUCUCUUUUAAUUAUUUCUUUUGCACAUGCAGUACUCUUUUUUUUCCUGCGCUCUUCAUUUUUACCUCAUCGGUGUCCUGUGGAUGUGUGUUUUCAGAUCCCAGACAUUUCCCCUUUGUUUGAACUUUUGGACACAAUACAGUCAGAAGACACCAGGGGGAGAAAAAAAGGCUUUCGGACCUCGGAAGCGUGACUCGAACUUUUUUCAGCCUUCUUUCUCCGAGGUCUCGUUGAUUCCCUCGCUUCAACUUUCUGCUCAAAACUCAAGUACAUUCCAGUCUCUACCGUACUGUACAGAUGUAAAAUUGAUUUUUUUUUUUGUUUUAUUUAGCAAUAACAGGAUUUUAUAAAUGUAACUACCACAUAUAAGUGUAUAAAGCGAGUGACGCCGCAAGACUGAAUUCCAGUUGUCGAUGUGUCCCUGAGCCAGGCUUUAACACUGUGAAGGAGGAGAUUUUGCUGAUUUCUGUCACAGUUGUAUAUUUUUUUUCGUUUUCCUCGUACGCAAUGCACUGAUGUAUUUUUACGUGUACAUAUAAAGUGUUUAUGUAUGUGCGUUCACCUAAAUGCCAUGUGUGUGCGUGUGUGCGUGCGUGUGUGUGUGUGUGUGUGUGUGUGUGUGUGUGUGUGCUUCUUGUUUUUGCACUGCAUGUACCCAUAUUGUUGAUCAUAACCACUAGCCGAUGCCAUUGUGUUACACCCUGUAUGAAGGGGAAAAUGUUACCAUACUACUGCUAAGGGAGCUGUGAGUCAUAUAUUGCUUUCAGAAAUGUAAGUUUGGCCAUUCGGUAAUCAUCAUCGUUUCAAUUAUCUUUUACGUAUAUUUCGUUUUUACCUCAUUUGGAAGUGGCGGAAGUGCAACCAAUCGAAAAUGCUGAAAAUAAAGACUCCUCCUUGAACCAAUA